CGGCAGCGCGCCGGGUCACGUGACGGUGUCUGCUGCUGGCUGAGUGAAGCGUGUUAGCAGAUUUUUCUAUUUUGUACAUACAUUGUUUUGUAUAUACUGUAUAUGAUGACUUCGUUAGGCAGCGAGCGAUCCCGGGGCACUCGGGACAAAGCGCUGCCUGCAUCCACACAGACGACACAGCCCCAGAAACAGAUACAGGCCACGGCCGAGCAGAUCCGGCUGGCCCAGAUGAUCUACGACAAGAGUGACGCAGACUUCGAGGACAAGGUCAAGCAGCUGAUGGAGGUGACGGGGAAGAACCAGGACGAGUGCAUGGUGGCCCUCCACGACUGCAACGAGGACGUCAACAGAGCCAUCAACUUCCUCCUGGAGGGCAGCUCGGACGUGACCUCGUGGGAGACGGUGGGGAAGAAGAGAGGCCUGGGGAAGGAGGGGUCCUCUUCAGAGAACAAAGAGAGCCGGGAGAAGAGAGGAGAGAGGGAGGCCAGCCGGGGCCGCGGGGGGCCGAGCAGGAGGGGCCGGGGGGCCAGCCGCGGACGCGAGGUGCGCAUAGAGGAGAAUGGGGUGGACCAGGGCCCGGGAGAGAGAGGGUCAGACCGCGGCCGCCGGGGAAGAGGCAGAGGGUCUGGAGGCCGAGGGCGAGGCAGGGCAGCUGGCGGAAGCAGGUUUUCAGCACAGGGAAUGGGGACCUUUAACCCAGCGGACUACACCACAGACUCAGGGGCAGGGGGGUCCCACUCGGACACCUGGGAGACGGGGGCCAACGACACCAACAACGGGACAGGAGCAUGGAGGAACACGCUGGAAGACUGGGCCGCAGAAGACUGGAACGAGGACCUCUCUGAGACCAAAGUGUUCACCGCCUCCUCCGCACCUGUGACUGAGAACCAUAUCACACCUGGGCAAAGCUUGGUGUCUCUGCUGCAGAAGCCGGGCGGCGGGGGGGAGCUGGGCUGCGUGGACACGCCCUCCCCCCAGAGUCUGGGCCACAACCUGGUGUUCACCAACUCGCACCACCACCGCAACGGAGGCUCCGCCCCCAGCUACGCACACGCCGCCCUGUCCUCAGUCCUGGGCUCCGGCUUCGGGGACCUGAGCGGCUCCAAGCCAAACUCGUCAGCGGGGGCUCAGAUUCUGGAGCAGCUGAAGGGCCCGGGGCUGGGCCAACUGCCCAGCCAGCCUCCCAGCGCCGCGGGGACCGGCGGGACGUCCGUCUCCACCUCCUCGUGGGACAUCAAGCCUGUGGGGACGCAGAGCACCACCUCGCUGUCAUCCCAAUUCAGCCGGGACUUUAAGACGCAGCCGGAGCCCUCUCUGGUCCUGAGCCAGCUGACACAGAGGCAGCAGAGCUCGCUGUCCCAGGCGGGACCCCUCCCCGUGGCCCGGCAGCCCAGCCCUCCCGCGCUCCCCGCCCCCUCGCCGCUGGUGCUGGAGUCCUUCUCCAAACCCCGGGACCCCUCCCCGCCGCGCGACGGGCCCUCCCCCGGCGCCAAGCUGAUGCCCCUCCUCCCCGUGGGGGCGGAGCCCCAGAGCAGCUCCUCGCAGCACAGGCAGAUGAAGACGCAGAAGCGCAGGAUACCGCCCACCUCUAAGAUUCCCGCGUCGGCGGUGGAGAUGCCAGGCUCAGCUGAUGUCUCUGGGCUGAACGUGCAGUUUGGUGCUCUGGACUUCGGAUCGGAACCCGCCCUGCAGGACUUUGGGCAGCCGGAGAACUGCACCAGCAGCACGACCAGGGAACCCGUACCAGUACCACAGACACAAAGCAGCCUCUACUCCAAACCCAUCAGCGAGUCUCUGAGCAGUCCGCUGUCUUUACCCCUGGCCUCCUCCGACUCCAGCUACCCCUCCCCGUCAGUGUCGCUGCCCAGCCUCGCCCCCUCCCUGGGCCCCCCCGGCGCCGGCACUCCCCCCUCUUCUUCCUCCUCCUCCUCCUCCUCCUCGGGGAGCGGCUUCGAGACCGGCGCACCCCCCCACUCCCGACUCGCCUUCUCCCAGAGCAAGGACACGUCGGCUGCACCAGUCGCGAAUGGCUUUAAUGGUGUGAGGACCCCGACAGCACUAGACACUACUUCAGCCUCAUCCACUCCGAAGCCGGAGUCUCCCUCACUGACCAGCACCAGCUCCGCCCCUGCUCCCACCCCCCUCCUGCCCCCCUCUGUCCCCGCCCACAGCUCGGCACUGCCCAGCCUGACGGCCGACUUGCCGACCGCCACCCUGCCCCCCCUCAGCAGCACUCUCUCCAGCAAUCACGCCAGCAGCAGCCUGUCCUCCAGCUCAGCUCUCUCCUCAGGCUCCUCCCUCACACACACCAGUGUGGACAGCAGCAACAGCUCCCUCGCCCCCUCCUCAGCCUCGGCCUUCUCCUCGGCGGCGGCCCCAGCUCUCCUCAGCAGCGGCGGCGGCAGCGGUAGCAGCGCGGUCACCGUGACCAGCGGCCUGCACGGGACCGGCGCCCUGGGCCUGAGCGGCAACGGGACCACCGUCCCUUCCGCCGCCUGCCGGACCGCGCCCUUGCUGUCCUCCUCGGGUAAAGCUCCCCCCAACCUGCCCCAGGGGGUCCCCCCGCUGCUGCCCAACCAGUACAUCAUGGGUCCAGGCGGACUGCUGCCGGCAUAUCCGCAGAUCUAUGGGUAUGAGGACCUCCACAUGUUGCAGUCCCGAUUACCCAUGGAUUACUAUGGAAUCACAUUCCCAACGCUUGCAGGCAGAGACGGGACGGCUCUAGCCAAUAGCCCUUACUCAGGUGAAGUGACGAAAUUCGGCAGGGGCGACUCAGCGUCCCCGGCCCCUCCCACCAGCUUGUCGGCGCCGCACCCGGCCCAGCCCCCGCAGCCCCCCCAGGCGCAGAGCCAGGCGCAGAGCCAGGCCCAGCAGCAGCAGCAGCAGCAACCCCAGCAGCAGCAGCAGGGCCACCACAGCGCCCAGCAGGCCUUCCUCAACCCCGCGCUGCCCCCGGGCUACAGCUACACCGGCCUGCCCUACUACCCCGGCGUGCCGGGCGUGCCCAGCGCCUUCCAGUACGGCCCCACCAUGUUCGUGCCGCCCGCCUCGGCCAAGCAGCACGGCGUGGGCCUCGGGAACCCCUCCACCCCGUUCCAGCAGCCCAGCGGCUACGGACAGCACACCUACAGCUCAGGGUAUGAUGACCUGACGCAGGGCCAGGCCGGAGGGGACUACAGCAAAGGUGGUUACAGCGGUUCCUCCCAAGUCCAGGCCAAGUCUGCGGCCUCCGGGCCGGGGAAAGGCGUUUCUGUGACGUCCAGCAACUCUGGAGUACCAGAUAUCAGUGGAUCUGUUUACAACAAGACCCAGUCUUUUGACAAACAGGGUUUCCAUGCUGGGACGCCCCCGCCCUUCAGCCUGCCCUCUGCGCUGGGGGGCACGGGACCCCUGAAUCCCGGGGCGGCCCCCGGCUACGCCCCGCCCCCUUUCCUCCACAUCCUGCCGGCACACCAGCAGCCGCACUCCCAGCUGCUACACCACCACCUCACGCAGGACAGCCAGGUUGGCCCAAGUCAGCGCAGCCAGACCAGCAGCAUGCAGCAGAAGACCCAGGCCAACAAGUCCAGCUAUGGCAGCUCCCCCUACUGGGGCAACUGAGAGGGGUCCGGGGGGUCACAGGCUCCCACCCCACCCCCACCCCCCUCUCCCACCUCCGCUGGCCCUGGCUGAGGGCUCACCCGUGAACCGAUGACUGAUCAGACCCGAGUGGGACAAACCAUUUUUAGUGUGAAGCUAACAAAUACACACUACCACC